AGGAUCCCAAGGCCCAACUCCCCAAACCACUCAGGGUCCUGUGGACAGCUCACCCAGCUGCAAUGGCUGCAGGCUCCCAGACGUCCCUGCUCCUGGCUUUUGCCCUGCUCUGUCUGCCCUGGCUUCAAGAGGCUGGUGCCGUCCAAACCGUUCCCUUAUCCAGGCUUUUUGACCAUGCUAUGCUCCAAGCCCAUCGCGCCCACCAGCUGGCCAUUGACACCUACCAGGAGUUUGUAAGCUCUUGGGGAAUGGACGCCUAUAUCUCAAAGGACCAGAAGUAUUCAUUCCUGCAUGGCUCCCAGACCUCCUUCUGCUUCUCAGACUCUAUUCCGACACCCUCCAACAUGGAGGAAACGCAGCAGAAAUCGAACUCAGAGCUGCUCCGCCUCUCCCUGCUGCUCAUCGAGUCGUGGCUAGAGCCCGUGCGGCUCCUCAGGAGUAUCUUCACCAACAACCUGGUGUAUGACACCUCGGACAGCAAUGACUAUCACCUCCUAAAGGACCUAGAGGAAGGAAUCCAAACGCUGAUGGGGAGGCUGGAAGACGGCAGCCCCCGGACUGGGCAGAUCCUCAAGCAGACCUACAGCAAGUUUGACACAAACUCGCACAACCAUGACGCACUGCUCAAGAACUACGGGCUGCUCCACUGCUUCAGGAAGGACAUGGACAAGGUCGAGACAUUCCUGCGCAUCGUGCAGUGCCGCUCUGUGGAGGGCAGCUGUGGCUUCUAGGUGCCCGUGUGGCAUCCUGUGACCCCUCCCCAGUGCCUCUCCUGGCCCCGGAAGGUGCCACUCCAGUGCCCACCAGCCUUGUCCUAAUAAAAUUAAGUUGUAU